AUGGGCAACAGGCAGUCGUCGGUGCCGUUGGAGGGCGAGGGGCACCCGGAGGUGUAUUACCGCGGCGUGAAGGCCGCGCAAGAAGGCCGCUUCACCGUGUCGGAGGUGUACUUUGUGCAGGCGCUGACACGGCACCCCGGGCGGAACUUCUGGGACACGUUCACAAAGGCGGUGCUGCUGAAGGAGCGCCGCGCCGGUUUCGAGGGCGGCGGCGCGUCGCUGUCGAAGAACGGUGUGGAGGAGGACGUCGACGCAGGCCCGGCCGUUGACGGCCCGCUGGGCCCGUGCAACGAUGUGCAGCCGAAGACCGUGCUUGAGGGCAGUGUGACGGACAAGGCAGACGAGCUGCCGAGCAGCGGUGACAGGGACGACGGCGGCGACUCUGCGGGGCAGGCGGACGCACGGACGAACGGUGCACCGCCCGUGUGCGAUACCAAGGUGGUCGACGUCUUCCUGCCGCUUGAUGGGGACCUGACUGACAUCAUGGACUACUAUCGGUUGCUCGCUGAUAUUGGGCACACGUACCUACAGCUGAUCCCCUCCACAGCACACGUGGAGAAGGUCACUGGGCUCGGCGCGCGCUACUGCAUCUUCACCAUCACCCACACUCAGAUGCUGCUGCACUGUCUGGCGCUGUGGAAGGAGGCCAAGCUCGGCGACGGUGGCGGCUUUAUUGACUACGCGAAGGUGCGCAGCCUGAACCUUGCCACGGGCGUCGCCGAGCUCUCUGCCCAGUUAAGCUCCGACUCGCACCGCUCCGAUCAAGGGCAGCAGAAGUGGCGCACGAUCGAUCGCACGGCGUCGCUGCUUUUCACUCUUCAGCUGCUGGAGGCGAACUGCCGCUACUACUGUCUUGUCUUCCUUGUGAACUACUGCUGCGUUUUGCUGCGGAGCUACAGCUGCCUGACGGACCAGAGGAAGGCCAAUCGCGUUCACGCCAACAUUGUGGAGCACCUGGACAUGGUGAGCCGGCUGGUCUUGGACCUCGCGGAGGAGUACCCGAACGAGUACCUGAGUCGGCUGAUCAUGACGAGCCUGCCGAAGCCGUCGAACUUCGACCGCGAAUGUCUCAGCUCGAUGGGUGCCAGCUCCCACAUGAGUAGCCAGAAGAUUCUCUCCUUUGGCAGCGAUCAGCACCGCCACCUGUACGCCUCCGGCUACCCGUGGUCCCCUACGCAGUCAGCGCUGAUUCCGCUGAUCCUGGCUCGCAAUGUUCGUCUGAAUGUUCAGGAGAACGUGAGCCGUCAUUCUCAGGUGCAGCUGCGCUCCCCCGCAGAGCGCCUGAGCUACCACUACACGAGGUGGAACUUCAACUCCGAACUCGUGAUCGUACCUGGGUGCAGUCUGUACAUGCUGAAGAAGUCGCUGCCCGGGUUUGUGCCUGGAAAGAGCACCUUUGCGCACUAUGCCACCAUGGCGGAGCAUGAGGAGCUUCACCUGCCUGCAGCCACUGCCGAUAUCCACUGGCAGAGGGGCAGUGCUGCUGUGUCUGUGCCAGGGGACGGCGGUGCUGCAGUGCCCGGCUCACACCGGAACCCCCGGAGAUCGGAGGACAGCGCUGGUGCCGAGAAGCGGGAUGCGCUUACGAAGAAGUGCGAGGAGAGGCUGAUAAAAAAGCGGCGGUACAUCAACACGGACCUCCAUCUCACCGAUGAGCGUACGUGCGUCGCCCUUUGCUUGGAGGAGGCAUGCGCUAUCGCUCUUCCGGGAGUGCUUCUCGGAUCCAUGCUACGCAAGAUGUCGGGUGACACUACUGACGUUGAUGUUUUUAGCGUCGAAAGAACUCUUGUUAUGGGGAUAUAUGGCCCUGCCUCUAGCGAGUGGCACGUCAUUGCAUCCAUCUUGCAAAAGCAUCUGGAAGAGUAA